AUGGAGUCUAAGCCUGUUCCUGUGAACAAAAAAGUGGAGAGGCUCGGAAGCAUGAAGACGAUCUUUGAGGAGGAGCUGGGUGUCAUGGACUUCUGUCUCAGUAAUAAAACAUGUGUCCUGUAUGUAUCAGAGAGCGAUUUGGUGGCAGGAAACGGCUACAGGAGGAAGAUUGUCCUAUUUAGAAAUGCUAACAGUGGUCUGCAGGGUAUUGUGAUUGUGGAGAACUCAUUUGAGUGAGCAGUACUCCAGCGGAUUUUGCAGAAGUGUGUGGUUUUGGAGCUGGGUCUGACUCUGCUGCCUGUGUCCAGUGCUGCUGAAGCUCAACUCAUAGCACAGCUGGUUCUUGGAGAGAACAAGGAGAACCCGUUCCUCAGGAAGAGUGUGUGCAGACUGCUGGAGCCAGUGGUGUUGAGUCUGGUUCCGCAGAUUCCUGGCAUCGGAAAGGUGAAGGCCAUGCAGCUCCUCCAGCGAUUCCCCAGUAUCCAUCAGCUCAGUGGAGCUUCAGUGCAUGAGCAGGAGCCCAUCAUGGAACAGGCCACAGCCCAGCAUAUCACAGCAUUCUUCCACAACCAGUUCACAUAGGAAUGCAUGUUACGAA